AUGGAUAAAUUUCGUUUGAUCGCUGAAAUGCGCAAAAGACCGGUUUUGUGGAAUUUUAAAUAUACGGCAUACUACACUAUGGAUGAAAUAGCGAAAAAAUGGAAAGAGCUUGCGAAAAGUCUUGGUGAUGAUGUUACUGUAGAAGAUUGCAAAAUAACAUGGCAACGUUUACGCAAUAAUUAUCGUAAGUGCAAAUAUCGUACACGUCAACGUAUAGAGAGAGAUAAACGAGACGGUAAAUAUCAUCCUAAGAAGAAUUACGGCUGCAAGUGGAUUUAUAUGAAACCCAUUGAAUUUUUUUAUACAAACUUGUCAACUGUAGAGCAUCUAGAUAGAGAGAUUGAAAAUAGAAGAAAAGUAGAAGAUCGUAUGAUAUUAAAUUCUUCCAGAAAUGAUAAUAACAUAUCAUCCCACAGUAGUCUGGAAGACAUUACUUACUAUGAAAUAAGUUUGUUAGACGAUAAUUCAGAUGAAGAGGAGUUUUUGAAUUGUCAGGAAUUCUUUGAACGAUAUACUAAAAACAACCAAAGUCGUUUAAAUAAGAAUUCAACGCCCCAGCAAAAGCCUAGCUAUGCCACAAAUGAAGAUAUUCCAAAGCAUAAUUAUUUUUUAAACGAAAUGCCAUCGAAUAGUAGUGAACCGCAAAGUUCUUACUAUCAAAUACAUUUUAUAGAGGAUACUGAUGAAACGAAACCUAUAAUGAGUUCCAACAAUUUAAAUAGUCAGAAAAGUGAACAACUUGAUCAGGUUAUUGAUAUUAAAGGGGAACCGGUUCUUGAUAUCGAGGAGGAUUCAUAUCCCUUUUUAGAGGGGAAAAGUCAAGAAGAUGAAUUUCUGUCAAUGGAACCACAAAGCCAGACUUCAACACUUCAGCAAAAUGAAGUUAAAUCACUUGAACCUGAAAGUCUAGACAAAAAUUCAACACCAAAGCAAAAAGAUGAAAACUUAUUAAUAAAAGUGAAUAAGAAUGUUAGGCAACAUUCCAGGUCCACAAUACAUGAAAAUAUUGCUGAUUCAGAUUAUAAUUUUUUGAUCAGCUUUUUGUCACACAUGAAAACUUUGAAUACUUUGCAAAAUUUACAAUUUCGUGCUAAAAUGUCUGAUUUAAUAUUAAAUUUUCUAACGAUUGUUAAAGAAUUUAAAACACCAGAAUGUAAAAGAAAGGUAUUGGAGAUGGAUAUUAGUGAUCCAGAUUGUAAUUUCUUAAUUAGCUUUUGGCCUUUUAUGAAAUCGUUGACUCAAUUGCAGAAUUUACAAUAUCGUGCUAAGGUGACUCAUUUAAUUAUUGAUAUUUUGUCUAAAGAUAAAAUGUUAAAUUAG